AUGACUGCUACUUUUAUCCAAUUACAUACUUCGUUGAUACAGCAUCCACCAGGGAAUCUCAAAGAGUGUAUCGAUUGGGUGUUGAGAUUCUGUGAGAAGGAUGAGGAUGGAAGUGGUAAGACCGAAGGUGUGAAAAGCUUGGCUUCGGAAUUGGUAACGUUAUUUGAGGCUGCGCAGAAAGUGAAUCCAACAGAUGCUGUCCUUGCUGCCGCAUGUAAGGAAUUGGAAAAGGAUAAGCAAUACGCCACAAAAGGUACCACAUACGGCUCAAUAAGCCCGCUUAGCACCAGUUUGGCAAAAUUCAUUGGAUACACUUAUGCAGUCACUAGCGGCUCUACUAGAAGUGGGUCGUGGAAAUUAGAUCCCAGUAGCUCUAAUGGAAUUGGUAGUUCCAGCUACGCCAAUAGCAAAGAUCAAUACAAAUCCGCUUAUUUUGAAAGAGCCACUUGGGAAGAAGCAAAGACAACUGACAAAGAUGGUACACUUUGUGCCCGCAUUUUUCUAGGCUGUCUUCCUGUGCUCUUCAGCGGCUUGAGUUAUUUGUAUUGGCAAUGUGGCAUACAGUCGUCAAGGUGGGACCAGGGUGGUAGUGUUGCUAUCGAUAAUACGAAUAAUGCUCUUGGCAUAUUUUUUCAAUGUUGUGGUUAUGAAACUAAUAGGUUGAAUAGCCUUAUGUAUGCCUCAGGUGAACAGGACAAAAGCAUUAAAAAAUUACUUGACGGCACAUCUGGAAACGGUUUCCAAGAAUUCAAGGCCAGUGGUGUAAACGUGGAAGAUGAAUACUCGAAAUACAUCAAACAAGUACUAAACAAAACUGAUGCCACGAAACACCCCCUCUCCAGUCUCUACAUAUGCUCAACAUACUAUUUCCAACAUCAACAAACCAAACAGGAAAACUGCACCCGUACACCCUCCACAAUUCGUGAAAUGCUAUAUUGGUUAAUGGCCCUUCCCUAUAGUAGUGUGUUUCAACAAUUGAGUAACAACUCUAGUGAUAUACCCAAAUUACUCGGUAAAGAAAAGACACCUAGUAUUACCUUCAUCAAUGGCUCAAACAGCACAAUCACCUUCAAACUAUCCACCAUCCCCUCCUACCUCCUCCCACCCUGUUUCUACGCCGGUUUCACCUUAAUGACUAUACAAGGUACCCUCAAUGGCCUCAAAACAGAUACUGAAAAACCACAAUUGAACCUUCACAGCAUCUAUUCCAAUUCCCACUUCAAAUUCAAUUACCCAGACAACCCAUCCGAUUGGUUCAAUGAACUGUGGAAUGUAGUGUAUCAGUUGAUGACACAAUUGUUGUUUCUGAGUGAUACUUGUGGCUGGUGUAUAGGAAGAGGUUGUGGUUGGUUGUGGUGUCAAUAUGCUAGUGGUAUAAAAUAUGACAACGUUCACUCUUGGAUUUGCACUGCUGAUUCCUGUAAUGGCGAUCAUAAUGAUGGUAACUGCUCACAAACUGAUGCCGCUGCCCACACCACAGCUUGCGGCCAAAAUGGCACUUCCUCCCCCCUACAAGCUUGUCUAUAUGAUAAAUUAGAUGGAUUCGGUAAUCCUAAGAUGGGUUUCAAUGGUUACAUGUCCAAAUUCCCUCAACCUCGUUACGGUAAGCUACUUACUGAAAUGUUAAUACCAUUUGUGGACGAUAAAUCUCGUGAGAAAGCCAGUCUUUACAACGCACUGCUCACUUGCUAUUCUGUGACUCUAAGGAUUCCAAGAUCCACGGGCGAUCUUUUCUCAUUUUUCUAUAACUUUUCCGAAUACUAUACAAAUAGCAAGAGCAAUGCCACUAUCAAAAAAACCCUCGAAGAUGAAUUCAAUGAUUAUCACUGGAAUGGAAUCGACAAAACAGGUGGUAACGGUCAAGCUAUCACAACUGCCCUGGAGAAGCUGAAGGGCAACAAUCACAGCGCCUCCCACCCCUAUGACCUCUACAGCCUCCGAGAAUGCAAGGAGAAGGAAACCUGUGGCGAAUACCUCGAUCCCAUCAGCCGAAACUUCUACUCCAUUUUCGCAAUAGGAUAUGCCGAUGGAUAUCUACGUUACGUAGUGCAUCUCGCCCAGGCUUUCAAUAAGGAAUUGCAAAACUUAUUAAAUGCAUUCAAUUCAAUUGACUGCAGAGACCAUAAGCACAAACAGUGUGAAGCCAAAUGCCACUUCAAAAAGAAAUGCUGCUGUCCCACCAUCGUCCAAUGCCAUGGCGUGUACCCAUUAUUCUACAGCCUUGGUUUCACAUUCAACCAGUUCGGUACAUUGAAUGGUCAACCCCAACGCCAACCCCAAUACAAACGCACCUGCUCCCAAUUCUCCACGCAACUCUCCGCAGUCAUCACCGGCGAACCAUUCAAACAACUCCUCAAGCAAAUCAACCUCUUCCUCCUUUCCAUCCGCAAACCCUUCCUCCUGUACCUCCUCACCUUCUGGCUACUCGCCAUCACCUACCUAACAUACUCACUCACAAUACCACUCGACGUGCUACACCUACGUUCACACCUACGCACUGCCGUGCCAUCACCUCUUGUGCUACUCACCAACUACACACAACCACAUGACAUCACAUACUUCCAACCGUAA